CUGAUGCAGCUGAUGUCCGAGGAUAGAAAAUCUCUUGAGAACAACAUCAGAGUCUGUUUGUCAACUCACGGUUGCUUCAUCAAAGUUCCAGUGAUCCCGAAUUCCUUGAACAGCAAGAAAAACUACUGGAAACUGGACUGCAGUCAGAUCACAGCGAAGAUGGUGCGCCGUCACUUUAACGGGCUCCUGCAAUUCUUCCCCGAGUUGGCCUCUAAGCUGGAAAGGGAGAAGCUGGACAGAGCUGCCCCCUCUCCUCAACCUGCAUCCCGCAGGCCUGACCAGGUCAGAUGUAAGGUGAAGUUCACUGGACCUUUCUCCGUCGAAUCCCUGUUGAAGAGAGACAGCCCCCCCCCUUCUCCGCCCUCCGGAGCUUCCCAUCUGCCUGGCGUGGAGCAGCGGCCUUUGCCCGCGACCCCACAAAGAGAUUUCAUCUGCUACCCCGCGGGUCCCCUUAUUUCACACGCUUCGAAUUGUUUUUCCCACAUCGGCUCAGCAGGGGGCAGCACAGAUCACACGCUCGUGGCUGACAGAGCUGUUGAACGCGCCGGGUGGGUUCCUGUGCGCGCUGCUCCCUCGUCGGCGCCUUACUUCACCAGGGCGCAGCACGGCUUCGUCACGUAUUCCGCACCGACAUUUCCAAACGUCACGUCUCAUGUAUGGCAAUGAAUUGUUUCACACCUGUAAAAAGCAGUCUCCCGCAUUUUCAUCUGGCGGAAUACACACUUCAAAGUACUUCCCCCCCCCCCUUCUUCUCAGAAACCCGUAAACAUGCUAAGCUAAUGUAUUGUUGUAAUAGCUGCGUCUCAAUGCUUUUUGUCCCAGAUAAAUAUUUUUGAGUGAGGUUAAUAAAUCAUCACGUAUA